UCAGCACACAAAGCUACAUCAGUACCGAUAGAGAGCAGAGCGGUUGUGCACGAGAGAGCGCGCGCGGAUGGGGCAAGCUCCCUGAUCGGACCCCCCGGUGCCCAGUGCAGCUGCCUGCCCCCCACUGCGCGCUCUGGGCAUGAUGGGAAAGGGCUGCGCUGCUCCGCGUGCCGGACGCUCCGGUGUCUGGCCUCACCUCAGCUGUCUUAUUCUGCUCGUGCAAUGCACUGCCUUUAGCGCGAGCGCAGACUCGCUUUGGAGCCUCCUCAACACUGUAGAGAGCUAUGAGCUCACUGUCCCCCAGUUCCUGAGCCCAGCAAGACACAAAAGAUCCCAGAUCAACACAAAGCAUCCUUCAGAAGCAGAAGUCAAGAUUACCGCAGAGGGAGUGGAGCUGGUUCUUCAACUACAGAGGAAUGAUGAGCUGUUGGCCCCCGACUUCCAAGAAAUAUGGUACAGUCCAAACGGAGCCCGCCAGUUCUCCAUCCCAUCCAACAGGGAGCACUGUUAUUACCAUGGUGAGGUUAAAGGGUUGGAGGACUCCAGUGUGGUUUUGAGCACAUGCAAUGGACUGAGGGGCAUGAUAAGCCUGAACCACAGUGUCACCUACAUGAUCGAGCCUCUAGCCAAUCACACAUCCUCGCAGAGCCACGCAGUGUUCCGCACUGAGAGAAUGAAAAUACAGACUGGCACCUGCAACCAUACCCACGCAGACCACAAUUACACACACAGACUGGAGGAGCUGAUUGGUGGGAUUGCGCAGGCACACCAGGCCAAAAGGGAGAGGAGAGAUGUAAGCCGCAGUAUGAAGUAUGUGGAGCUGAUGCUGGUGGCCGAUCACGCUGCGUUUGUGAAGCUUGGCCGCAGCCUGGAGAAGACCAAGGCCAAACUGCUUGAAGCAGCUAACUAUGUGGACAAGUAUUACAAGUCACUGAAUAUCCGUGUAGCUCUGAUCUGGCUGGAGAUUUGGAAUGACCAGAAUAAGAUCAGUGUGACGGACAACCCCUACAGCACACUCGGAGCCUUUCUAACCUGGAGGAGGAAACAGCUAAAACAGCUUCCCAAUGACAACGCACAGCUCAUCACGGGUAUGUCAUUCCAGGGCACCACUAUUGGACUAGCCCCACUUAAAGCCAUGUGUUCAGAAUACCAGUCUGGAGGGGUAAACUCAGACCACUCUGAAAGUGCAGUUGGGAUAGCAGCCACUAUGGCCCAUGAGAUGGGGCAUAACUUUGGGAUGAGCCAUGACAGUGAGGGCUGCUGCCAGGCCCUGCCAGAGGAUGGGGGCUGCAUUAUGGCUGCAGCUACAGGGCACCCGUUCCCUCGUGUGUUUAACCCCUGUAACCAAGCCGAGCUGAAGCGUUAUCUGAGCUCAGGAGGCGGAAAAUGUCUGUUUAACCCCCCAAACACCAGGGCCAUGUACGGGGGCCAGCGCUGUGGCAACGGCUACCUGGAGGAGGGGGAGGAGUGUGACUGUGGAGAGGCCGAGGAGUGUUCCAGUCCAUGUUGUAAUGCUAACAACUGCACACUAAAAGCAGGUGCUGAAUGUGCUCAUGGAGUAUGCUGUGAAAACUGCAAGCUAAAAAGUCCCGGUCUGCUGUGCCGCCCUCCUUCAGGCUCCUGUGACCUGCCUGAAUACUGCGAUGGGAAAUCCGAGUCCUGCCCUGCCAAUUUCUACCUGGUGGACGGCAGCUUAUGUGCACAUGGCAAAGCCUACUGUUACACAGGCAUGUGCCUGACCCUGGAGCAGCAGUGCCUCUCUCUGUGGGGAAAAGAUGCCCGACCUGCUCCAGAUCUGUGCUUCACUAAGGUGAACGAGGCUGGAGAUUCUUUUGGAAACUGUGGCAAAGACCUGAUGGGAAAAUACAGAGCCUGCACUGAAAGGGAUGCAAAAUGUGGCAAGAUUCAGUGUCUGAGUGCUGCCUCUAAACCCAUUGGAAGUAAUGCUGUCCCGAUCGACACCACUGUGCGUGAUGGCCAACGUAAGAUCCUCUGCCGAGGUACACACGUCUACCGGCCUGACCAAGAAGAGGAGACCCAGGGAGACACACUAGACCUGGGGCUUGUCAUGACCGGGACCAAGUGUGGGGACAAUGCAGUUUGUUUCGGUGGAGAGUGUCGAAAUGCAUCCUUCCUGCAAGCGGAUGAGUGCAAUGCCAAGUGUCAUAGUCAUGGGCUCUGCAACAACAACCAUAACUGCCACUGUGAUGCAGGCUGGGCACCGCCAUACUGUGAACAAGUAGGAAAUGGUGGCAGUGUAGACAGUGGCCCAGUGAUCACACACACCAACUUACUUCCAGUACUGGUGAUCCUGCCUUUAUUUCUUGUCCUGGGAUUGGCUUUCCUGUUUCUUUGGUGGUGCUACAAGAAGAAGCUGCAUUCUCUUAAAGAGACUGCUCACAGUCCUCCUCGGAUAUGCAUUAAUGUCCCUGGUUCACCAGAAUCUAAAGCUCCUGCUAAUGGUCACGCCAACCCAACAUUCCAGCUAAAAAAGCCUGACACAGAGAAACAGGCUAGCCAAAGGUCUAGUCCUUCUGGGCCACCAAGAUCGAGACACUCCAUUGUUCGGCCCACUGGGAAACCUCCACCAAUCCCAGCAUACGCAUUACAACAGCAGAGUCCACUUUCAGAGACCACAUCCAGUCCACAUCCAUCACCAUCAGUCACACCCAAACCCAGACCAAACCCCCCCAGCAGACCUCCCCCACCCUGCCCUGUUACCAAACCCUCUCAGGUCAAAGAAGAGGUAUUGCAAAGAAGAGGCCUCCAAGUGUCACCAGGGCUGUUACAGAAAGAGAAGUCCAAUCUGAUGCCCUCCGCUGGACAUGUUAGGCAUCAAACUGAAAUCUGUGGGAAAAGCUGAGACAUGGUGAAGCUUGUGAAGCCAAUGGGCAUUACUCCUCUGUGUAAUUGUUUCUUUAAAAGACUGGAACAAUGUCCAACAUCCAGGCAUUUACUCUACACUUCUUCAGGAAUGGCCAUGAAGACUUUUAAAGUUCAACACCACAUCUGCCUAAUAGACUUCAAACCAGAAGUGUAACAAACUUGUUAUAUUUAACUUUCUUUUGGUGCUGUUCCAGUAUUCAUGUGCCAUAUUUUUACAUAUUGUUUCAUAACUAUUUAUUGCUAAGGCUUCAGGCUGAAGAUGCAAAGGAAUUGUUUCUCGAUAUUGCCUUCAAUAUGAGCAUGAACGUAUAGCGUACAUCAAGAACUUGUCAGUGUGAGAGUGGAUUGCACGCAGUAAUGUGCUGCCUCAUGUAAAAAAAGGUUUAUGCAUAACUGGAAAAACAGAGAAAAUUGAUUAAGUGUUUGGUAUAUUAAGGAAACAAUAAGAACUUGUGUAGAGCAAUAACUACAGAUUCAUAUUCAGUGAUUACUUUGGUCUAUCCUCUAAUUCUUCAUUUUAUUUUAUUGCUUGAUUUUAGAAUGAAGCAACUAGAUUAUGUGUAUUUGGAAAGAUGCUGCAGGUUGUAUAUAAAUGUAAUGCAACCAAACACUCAUCGUCAUCCUGUAACGCUCCAGGGAGAUAAACCUGGCUUUGCUCUCUCUUUAUUCGCAAGCCACUCGGGGACACUUGACGAAAUGCACCUUAUAUUGAGUAUAAUAAGGGCAUCAAACCAGGGAAUGCAUAUGUAAGAUAUAUUGUAUAGACGCUGUUAUGUUUUUUUUUUGGCUCUGAAAUGUUUGUUUAUGUUUUGUAUUGAGAAAUCAACAAAUGAAGUUCUCUGAAAGUCCUGCUUAUUGCAGUCACAAUCCAUACAGCCCUUUAAGAUCCACUGGAGAUCUACUGUAAAUGUUUAAAUUUAUCAACACUGGGUAAAUUCAGAUUACAAAAGAGUUGUAUGGAUUAUACAGUAUAUCUGAUAACAAUCUACAGAAAACAAGUUUGUAUUGGAUGACUUUUUUUUAUUAUAUUUGCUGGCUAUCAUAAUAAUAUGAAUAUUUCUAAAUGCUCAAUGUCUUGUUUUGUAUAUAUUUAGCUCUCAAUUGCCUUAAAUGGUCCAGAGCAAAGCGGCUUUAAGCAUUUUGCGUACAACGGUAUGAUGAGAUUAAAUGCUGUUGGUUCUGAUGAGAGUCAACAACCAGGCAUGUUAUUGCCUUAAAAUAGGGACCAUAUAAAAUAAGGAAACACACUGUGAAUCAUGACUACAUCUGUCCACCUAGUGCUGGACAAGUUCUAAGGUAGUCUACUGGGAUUUUUAUUAUGUUGUCCUCAGUUAUUUUGUUUACUUUGCACCUUACUUGUAAGAAAUGUACAUGUUAUUAAGGGUAAAAUGAAAUGAAAAUGUCUUAUUUUAAAUGACUGGAACUGAAAUUAUUCAGCUGUUCUGAAAUAAUGUCUUGGAUGGCAAAGCAGAUCAAAUAAAAUUUGCCUAAAAGGG